AUGAUUGGACUACAGGGUUUGGGCAUUGCCCUCUUACUUACUGGUCAAGUCAUUGGAGCUACUAUACCUUCAGAAUCGCCCUCGGGUCUCGAAGCUCGUGGAAUGCCAGCACGAGUCACUUGUAAAGUCAGCACCGGUACUUUUAUCUUCACUGUACAACAGGCCCGCGAGGAGUACAAUCGAGUGAGGGGUCUCUAUAACCCGAGUACUAAGAAAUAUCCUACCAAGAGCGGUUAUCCCCACGAGUUCAGCAAUUUUGGCGACAUCAAGUUCGACGACACGGCGUGCAAUUCGAAGAAGCGCCCGGUUAAGAUCUACGAGUUUCCCAUCUACCAACGCUCAUCUGAGGGCACUGGAGCUGUGCAUUAUGAUGCCAACAAGUCGAAAUCUGACCAGCCUGGGCCAGGAGAAUGUCGUGUUGUCUUUACGGCGGAGAACGGGCACCUGUGCGGCGUUAUGUGCCAUAAGAGCAUGACCCCCGGUGGCGAUCAAGGAUUUAUCAAAUGCACUGCCUAA